GUUGACCUAAAUAAAUAUUUAGACAUCCUUGAUGUCAGUGAAGCAUGCUUGUAGCCCGACGGGACAGCUAUAAAUGUGACGGACAGCUCGAGGACAACCUUUCUGAGGUUUCAACUGUUGAGUCAAAAUGGUGUUGGAGAUGUCAGCGAUCAGUGUUGGAGCUGUGUUUUUCUCUCUGCUUGUGUUGAUGGUUUUAAUUUGGCUUUCUGGUUGGCAAAGCAAACCUGGAAAGGGACUCGACAAAAGAAGUAAGUCUACAGGAGUUCACUUGGGGCUGUUGGAGUAUCUGUAUCAGUUUCUCCUGUACCCCUCGGCUCCUUCCCUCCCAGGACCUCGAGGCCUCUUCCUCAUUGGCAAUAUGAUGGAGAUGGCGCACGAUCACCUGCCAAUUCACCUGACCCACCUGGCCCAGAGAUACGGGAACAUCUACCGCCUUAAAUGCGGAAGUACAACCAUGGUUGUACUAAAUAGCACUGAAAUUAUAAGAGAAGCUUUGGUGAAGAAGUGGUCUGACUUUGCAGGAAGACCAAUUUCAUACACAGGAGAUAUUGUGUCUGGAGGAGGACACUCCAUCUCUCUGGGACACUACACUGAGGAAUGGCGAGCAAACCGGCGUCUAGUCCACAGCGCUCUGCAGCACUGCUCCCAGCAGUCUUUGCAUGAUGUGAUUGACAGACAGGCUCAACACCUGCGACAGGUGCUGAUGGAUUGUCACAGCCGUGCUGUGGAUCUGUCAGAGGAUUUCAUGGUGGCAGCCAGUAAUGUCAUCACCACGCUGACCUUUGGGAAGGAAUAUGACAAGAGUUCACCUGAACUGCAGGAUUUGCACAGCUGUCUGAAUGAGAUCGUUGCUCUGUGGGGCUCCGCUUGGAUUUCUGCUCUGGACUCCUUCCCUCUGCUCAGAAAACUGCCCAAUCCUAUGUUUGCCCGUUUGCUGAAAUUGGUAGCCCGGAGAGACGAGCAAAUAAGAAAACACCUCAACAGUUAUAAGGCACAAGUGAAGAAAAACAGGAACACGAUCACAGACUCUCUGCUUCAGGGCCUUGACCACCAUGGAGAGCAUCUCAAGGAAGUUAACAUUCACAUGGACAUUGUGGAUCUUCUGAUUGGAGGAACAGAGACCACUGCAGCCUGGCUCAACUGGACUGUGGCCUUCCUUUUGCACAGACCAGAGGUGCAGACGAAGGUGUAUGAGGAGCUGCGGACGGUGCUGGAGGGACGAUACCCGAAGUACAGUGACAGACACAGACUUCCUGUCCUGGGUUCUGUGAUCAGUGAGGUUCUCAGACUCAGACCGGUCGCUCCACUGGCGGUUCCACACAGAGCCAUCAGAGACAGCAGUAUUGCAGGUUACUUCAUUCCGAAGAACACCAUCAUCAUUCCUAAUCUGUUUGGAGCUCAUCAUGACCCUGCAGUUUGGAUGGAUCCAUACAGUUUCAGACCAGAGCGCUUCCUGGAGGGUGGAGGAGCUUUGGCCCGUGCCAUGAUACCUUUUGGAGGAGGGGCUCGGCUGUGCCUGGGGCAGUCUGUUGCCAAAAUGGAGCUCUUUCUCUUCACUGCUUACUUGCUGAGAGACUUUCAGUUUGCGCUUCCUGAGAAUGAAACUUCUCUGCCCGACCUGACAGGAGUCGCCAGUGUGGUUCUGAAGGUCAAACCCUACAAAGUUAUAGCACAUCCAAGACCGUGAAUAAGUCUUAGAGACUUUAGAAUGUCCACUUAAAUCCAGAUCAAUUAGUUUUUCUUAUCUAUUAUGAA